GAACGCCCCGAGAGACGUUACCAGGAAACAUGCGGAAAAGCCGAAAAGAGUGAAAUGUAACGAAAACACUUCAAAUAGGCGGAAAAACAGGAGGUUGAACCUUUAGUUGAUGAGAUCGUGGUUUAUUUGUUCCACGACCGCGUGUAUUACAUGAAUAAUAAUUAAUUCGUGACUCAUGAUACAUUUUAACACAAUAUGCAGCUUAUUUAUCCUGGACUUGAGCUGCCAGACCAGUCAGUGCUGAUUAGAUGAAAUGGUCGCAACUCAGUGAAGAGUAAAAUAAUCAAAAACAGAAGACCAAUCAAUAUAUCUACAUACAUGGAAACCUCAAAGGGUGUACCCCGCCUUGUGCCCGAUGCUCCCUGGGAUAGGCUCCAGGUUCUCUGUGACCCUGAAAAGGAGCAAUGGCUGAAACGGAAAUAAAAGUCGCCUUCGUGAGCAACCUCAAUGGCACGACGCUGACAGAAGUGUCUCUCGGAUCCUUCCUCGCCCCUCUCUGUCUUCUCAGCCGAGGCUUGUUCGUACUAGUGUUCCACCUAAAUAAAGGUGUUCUCCCACUAAGAAGCAGUGCUCACCUGCUUUUGGAUUUUAUUCUGCUCAUAACACCGCUGGUCCUCUCCUGCACUGUCCUUAGUGACGUCCUUCACUGGGUUAUAAUUUUGUUGGCUGUCGUUGAUGUUUGUGCAGUUUUUAUAUUGUACUCAAAAAGGCAUAAAAAACCUGCCGGUCAUCAGAGUAUGAUUGACAGCUUUGGACACAGCCAUGUCGAGUCCAGCCUGGUGCCUUUUUUGACAGCGUUCAGGGUGCUGGUGAACGUCAAGACGGCUAUCAGCAUCCUAGCUGUGGAUUUUACUGUUUUUCCGAGACGAUAUGCCAAAACGGAGAUGUACGGGACAGGGGUUAUGGACUUCGGGGUGGGAGCUUAUGUUAUGGCUAAUGCAAUGGUGUGUCCUGAAGCUAGAGGGAAGAAAAUACAGGGUUCGAAACUGAGCCAUUUGGCAAAGCAGGUUUUCUCAAUAUGGCCCCUGGUGGUGCUCGGUUUUGCGAGGCUGGCGAGCGUGAAAGCGACAGGCUAUCACGAACACAUCACCGAAUACGGGCUGCACUGGAACUUCUUUUUCACUUUAGCCAUAGUGAGAGUGGUGGCGUCGGCUUUACUCGCCGUGUUUCCCAUCAACGUCUCCUGGCUCUUGUCUUUACUGAUCAUUGGCGCUUACCAAGUCGUCUUGGAGAAAACAGAUCUGAAAUCAUUCCUCACCCAGAACGCUGAGCGCAGUAGCUUCAUGCAAGCCAAUAAAGAAGGUAUAUUCUCUGUAGUGGGUUACGUGGCUGUCUACAUGGCUGGAGUUCAGGUUGGUGUCUAUCUAAUGCAGACUAGAACUCUGGUCAAGGACUGGAUACGAGUUAUCCGGAACCUUCUACUGGGAAGCUUUGGGCUCUGGGUUGCUUUACAUGCCUGUCAAAUGCAUAUAGAGCCGGUUUCACGCCGCAUGGCCAACCUGCCGUUCUGUAUAUGGACCAUAGCACAGUCCUUGUUUUUUCUUUCCUGUUUGGGCAUAGCUGAUAUUGCAUUGCUUUUUGCCAAAGUGGUGUCCAGUUUCACUGCUGUGUCAGCCUCCUGGAAUCCCCGUCACCGUUCGGAAACAGAACGGAAAAUAAUGAACAAACUGGACGCUUUGUGUUUAAUUCAGGCUGUGAACAGGAAUCAGUUGCUGUUUUUCCUCCUCGCGAAUGUAAUGACUGGAUUAACCAACAUACUCGUAGACACUCUGAAAAGCAACGACUUGUUUGCGGUUUGUGUUUUGCUUUCUUACAUGUUCAUAAACAGUUUAAUCAUAUUCAUUUUACAUGUAAAUAAUAUUACAGUUAAAUUUUGGUAAUUUUCCUCCCUUGUUUUAAUCGGUUUAGAUUAAUCACUGCUAUGAAGAGAUCACUUGAAAUGAGAUUGUAGGUCAUAAUUAUAAACGAUCUGCUGCGUAUUUAUCACUUUGUGAUAUCUUGAAUAAAAAAUUGGAAGUGCGCUCAUGCAAUGCAGAUGUUCCUGCUUUAAUAUCAAUAAGGAAGAUACAACCUGGCUGUCAUAAAGACUGCCUUAUGUAAAGAUUACUCUUAAUUCUUUGGUUAUUAUUAUUGUUGUUGUUGUUAUUAUUAUUAUUAUUAUUAUUAUUAUUAUUAUUAUUAUUAUUAUUAUCUGUGUUGCAAUCCUGUUCACUGACUUCAUGGUGAAGGUUUAACAUUUUGUCUUCUGUGAAACAUGUAACAUCUUGUGUAGCUUCUGAAGGGCAGUACUAAAUGAAAAAAUAAGAUCUUUAAACAAAAUAAUAACAAUUUACACAGAUCAUCUUGUUCAUCAAAUUUUACACCCCCCUGGAUCUUAAUGUAUCGUGUUGCCUUCUUGAGCAGCAGUGAAUGUUUGCACCUUUUGUAAUAGUUGUGUACGAGUCCCUCAGUGUGAAAAGAUGGAUCUCAACAUCAUAUAGCUGAUGGAAAGAGGUCAAAUGUGUAGAAGAUGCUGGAAAAGCAGAGAAUGUGCAGGGCCUAGAGGAUUUUUCUGAAGAAUAGUGGGCAGUUUAACUGCUCAGGGCAAACAAGGGACUCAUCAACAGCUAUCACAAAACAUAAAACCAGUCGUUGAUCAUCCAGGUAACAACACACAGUAUUAUGAAUUAAGUGUGUGUAAACAUUUGAGCUGGUUCAUUUGUGUAAAUUCAGUUAGUAUUGUGUCUUGUGGACUAUAUGUAAACAUCUCUUAUGUGAAGUAGCUUAUUCAGGGCAGGACUAAAUAAAAAACUAAAUGCAA